AUGCUCGACGCAGACCCAGGCGCAGCGGAUCGAGAUGUUCUCCAAGACCCAUCUGUCGCCGCUUCAGCCCUUGACAAAAGAAUUGCCUUCCUACAAUCAAAAAACCUUACGCAAGAAGAGAUCGAUGUUGCUCUGGCGAGAGCAGGAGAUGGAUCACACACAGAGAAUGCAGUGGCACCACCUCCGCCGAGCCAAUACCCUUAUCAAGGGCAGCAGAUGACGAGGCAACCUGCAGGGUAUGGAUACGGACCUUAUCAAGGAGGACCAUGGCCACAAGCGCCGCCAGAACCACCUCAGCGGGACUGGAGAGACUGGUUUAUAAUGGCAACUGUCACCAGCGGAGUUGGCUAUGGCCUUUAUGCUGUUGCAAAGCGCUACGUCUUCCCCCUUAUUUCUCCUCCCACACCACCUCAGCUCGAGGCCGACAAAGCCUCCAUUGACGAAUCCUUUAACCGCGCUUUUGCCCUGAUCGAACAACUUACAACCGACACCGCCGCCAUCAAAGAAUCCGAAUCCGAGAGAACAGAGAAGCUAGACACGACCCUAAAAGAUGUUGGUAGUGUGAUCGAAGAUCUGAAGGCUGCAAAUACGAGACGAGAAGCGGAGAGUAGAAUAAUAGCCGAUCAAGUGACUGGCUUGAAAGAUAUGGUACCGAAAGCGUUGGAAGGGUGGAAAGCUAACGGAGACGCCAAGUUAGAAGAGCUAGGCCAAGAGGUGCAGAGCCUAAAGAAACUGCUAGAGAAUAGAGUUGGCAGGCCUAGUGGGGCACCGACACCAACGGGCAGAGGACAUCCGAACGGAAAUGAGAAGUCAAAAGAUAAUCCCUCGGCCUUCAGUUCGGCGAACAGUGGGACGACCACUCCAACUGCCGAGUCUGCCAGUGGUCCAUCGGCUCCAGCGCCAGGAGUAACAGUGCCCAAGAGGGAAUCUACCCCAUUGCGGGGAUUUGAGAGGAGUGAUCGUCGAGCAAUACCUGCAUGGCAGAUGGCAGCUGCUACCGAGAAGACUGACACGGGGGGCUCACCUUCGAAUGCAGAAGCAAGUACAUCGGAAGCUGGAGCAUAA